UUAUGCUAUCCUCAUAUCUCAUCAACGCGCCGAAGCCGAAGCCGCCGCCACCAAUAAAAAUACAAAGCCUAGCAAUGGAUAAUGUAAUUGCAGUUGAAGUAAUUAAGUAUGCAGAGUCAGUCUACGACAGGAACAGUAACAAAUGCACAGAAUAAAAAAAACUGACAGAAUAUUUCAAACGAGUACCGCAUAGAUAAUUCGAGCAGAAAAACCAGAGAACACUUAGUUGGAAAGAUAUAUUGUUUAAAACAAAAAAAAAAAAAACAAAAAAGAAACUGCAUAAAAAAUAUAUGCACGCAUAUCCAAUAAAAUACCGCAAACUACAACGAUUUAAUAUCGAAUAUACAUAAAUAUAUGCAUAAAAAUCAUACGAAAAGUAGCAACAUAACAGUUACAAAUUCAUUGUACUCAGAAUGGACUCACGCAUCGGCCUGGAUUAUAUUGUCGAAAAUCGUGAAUAUAUUUCAAAAUUAGGCGCUGCCUUAGAUACAAAUAAUGCAGUCGUAAAGAAGCAAGUUUUCGAACUGCUAUCAGCUUUAUGCGCUUAUAAUGCAGAUGGAUAUGCACGCGCAAUCGAAACACUUGAAUUUUAUAAGAAUCUCAAAAACGAACGAUAUCGUUUCAAAAUUGUCAUUAACGAGUUAGAAAAAGCCACAAAUGUUGAGUAUCAAGCCGCGCUAUUGGCUUUCAUCAAUUGUGUUAUUAUUUCAGUAACAAGUCUACAAGACCGCAUUAGAAUACGGAACGAAUUCAUAGGUGCAAAAAUUAUACAAAUAUCGUAA